AUGGAAGAGGCCGACAUCCUCGACUCGACGCUGUCCGCCCUCAUCACCGCUUUCCACAUCCUGCACCGCUACAAGAUCCUCGACGAGCACGGCCACAUCUCGGUGCGCCACCCCGCGGACCCGUCGACCUUCUUCACUAGCAACGUGCCCGCCAUCUUGGUAUCCUCCAAACGCGACCUCAAUCAAUGGCGGGUGCGCGACGGCUUGCCCGUCACCAAGACGCACCCCACAACAGGGUGCCAGAUCGUGGAGCCGGACGAAGUGCCCGAAGACUCAGAACAUUACCUCCACAGUUGCGUGUAUAACGCUUAUCCUGGGGUCAUGAGCGUGGUGCAUUCGCACGCUCCCGAGGCCGUCGUGUUUGGCUUGUGCGACGCGUCGGGGAGCAUGAUGCAGCCGACCUACCGGGAUGCUGGCUACCUGGGCUCUUCGACGCCCAUCUUUGACGCCGCGAAACACUACGGCUUACUACCGUGGUCGCACCGGCAGAAUCUUCUCAUCAACCACAUCCGGCUGGGCGACGCCGUGGCCAAGACACUCAACGGCCGCGGCCACGGCUUCGACACCUGGGCCGAGAACAUUCCCGACGCCGUGUGGCGCGCCAUCCACGUGCGGCGCAACGGGCUUAUCCAAACGGCCGCCAUGGAUCAGCGAGGGAGCACGGAUCUGGAUGUCAUCUACUUGAGUGAUCAGGAGUGCAGAGACUGCAGGGAUACGACGAACAAAGCAACCCCUUUGACCUGGAAGGCCUGGGUGGCCGAGGUGGAGAGGUCGGGCAUGUACCACAAUGAAAUGAAGGACCAGCGCCAGAGAUAA